AUGAAGGUUUACGGUAAAGCAGGACGAAUUAAGGGUCAAAUCGUUCGGGAUAAUACAGAGCAUGUUGAACUUAGUGAUGAUGAUGAAUCCCUGGCGAGUUUGACGUCGCAGACGUCUACAAUAAACAGUUCUUUUACGUUGAGAAGCGAUGAGCUGAGUUACUUGGGUAAUGAGAAACCUGUUAUACCGCAAAAUUCGGUGAAGAAAAGCGAAACGAAUCAAUCUGGUAUCUCCAAAGCAGUUGAGAUGUUUGAGUUCUUGGAUUCGAUAGAUCGUAAAGUUUCGCGCGCCAAAAGACGAAGAACUAAAGAUUUGGCAAGAGAGUCUGGCGAAAAAUCUUCCGCGAACGAGCAACACCCCAAUUUUCGAGAUUCGGGCCUUGAAGCCACUCUGAUCGACGUAAACAAAAUGCUUUCGAAUGUAAAACCGGUUUCUGUCGUUUCCGCUAUGACAGAAACCUUUGAACCUGACAUUUCGAACACCGAUCGCGUCGACGGCAAGAAAAUCGUCUAUGGGAAAAAUACGUCGAUCCUUUACUCUCAAGAAGAUUUGGAGUAUUCUCAGGCCUACGAGAAUUCGGUUGAGGCGAUCGGAUCUCCUACGCGUCACGACGGAGCCGUGUCUAACACUAUUGUACGGCUCAAGUCCUUCGGAAAGACACUUAAAUUUGACGACGAUCUUCUGUUUAUUGAGUCACCGCUGGAGAAACUGUCGCAGGGCAACCAAAUCUCGAAGCUUUUGAAUUUCGCGCUCGAUCUUUCUAAUAACAGUGAACUUCACGCCCAUAUAUCCAAAUACCGUCUUGCAGACGUUUGGAAUUGGUGUUUUGGCCCACGUCCGGUUGAUAUGUGCUACACGCUGAAGUAUUUGAAGUUAUUCAUUGCCCAUACUUUGCAACCGAACCAGGAUGACCAACUAUGGGCCGUGUUCCCUUUUGAGAGCCUUAUCCUUGAUAUUGACCGUCAAGAUGGGCUCCGUUCGGAUAAAAGCUUGAAGCGGAUCGCACAGAUGAAUUUCAACGACCUCGUUUCCCGCAACAACAGUGCUUCAGCAUUCUAUUACGCCCAGAAACUUUGGCCCCUGGCUUAUCGAGAAGGCAUUCAUUUGUCCGCAAGGGUUUUGGAAACGCUCAUAGAUGUAUGCCAGAAUCCGGCAAAUAUUCCCGACUUGUGCUUUCGAGCAGUCGAAAGCGUUGUCGCUAGUGGGGUUAGAGAGGAUCUUUUGACCCAGUACCAGGAUUUGACAAUCGUCUUACUAGCUCAACUGGAAGGUCAUUCUGCAAGCGAAAGUAUGCUGAAAUCACUCAUAAAAUUGACUAAUGAUCGUAUCAUAACCGCCUGUUUGUCGCCUGAUCAUUUUGCCAUGAUAUUAAAGGCAUCUACAAAAUACGUUAUUGAAGAUGCAGCUGCCUUCAAUUCAAUACCUACCAAAAGUGACGUUUUGGUUCUACAUCUGGGGCUUCUGGUCAAUAUACUGACGACCUGUGCGGAAAGGAUACCUGCAUUAGACGAUAAAGCGUUUAAAUGCUUUUUCGACAUAUUUCGCUCCCUUAAAGAGGAUCAGGACGCCCAAGAUUUUAAUUCGAACAUGUUUUAUCUCGUGUUAGCAUGUUUAUGCAUUCACCAAGGCAAAGACUGCUCCCGCACGGAUAUGAAAUAUCUGAGAGAGCGACUGACUGAAUUUGCACAAGAGAUCAAAGUUUACAAUGCAAGCAUUUAUGAAGGAACUCAAGCCGCUCUGGAAAAGCUCUAA